AUGAUGCCAGUCGUCACAGUCGAGACGGUCCGUCCUACCGAUGCAGCUGCACUGAACGGGUCUCGGCCGCUCGUCGCCCGCAAUGCGCACUCUAGCAGCUUCUCUCUGCAUGCUACGCCUGGGCCGCAUCUCUCCGAUCUUGUUAGUUCCGACUCGGCUGGUUUUGUAGACAUAUUCGGCUACUCGAGCACUCCGCCGAAGCCGUUGGUCGAACCGGCUAUGCCGUCGUCCUUGCGGGGGGCACAUCUAGCAGAUCCAGACUCGCUCCUCGUCUCGGAACGGGCUUCGAACUCUCCUCUGGGUGGCCCGAUUGUUUCAACUUACCGUGAUAUGUCUCCAGUCUUUGGCGUUUUCAGGCAAGAUGUGAUGCCUGCCAACAACGAAGUGCUCGGGAGAAACAUGCGCCUCAAUGAGCCCCACGCCCAGAGCGUAGAGUCUGUCAGGAUCUACGAACUCGUCACACAGUUGACGAACACGUUCAUCACCCUGCCAAAGGGCCAUCAUGCGAAAGCAAGCUCAAGCAGAAUCGAUCAGGCAGACACGUUCUUCACCGUAUCCAAUGUCACUUCCUUCAUUCAGACCUACUUCCACCAUUUUCAUCCCCACUUCACAAUCAUUCAUCGACCGUCGUUCGAUUUGAAGACUGUCUCACCAAGGCUUCUAGUCGCAGUCUGCUUAGCAGGGUCUUUGUACAUGUCGACUUUGCAUGACAUAGGACGCGGGAAGAGCUUUCUCGAUCUCGCCGAAGAGUUCAUCUUCCGUGACACAUUGCUAAGACGCGCGGCUCGAGGACGCCCUUUUAACGAGGGCACCAAUAAUGUUGCCAAUGAUUCUGCCGUUGCUUGUGCUUCGAGUCUGCAGACUAUGCAGGCUGCCUUGAUCAUCGUGCUGCUACAGAAUUGGGAGGGGAAUCUGGCGGCACAGCGGAGAGCGCGCAGUGACGGAGUGCAACAGCUGAUAUCACUGGCUCGAGCCUCGCGUCUAAAUUCCUUCAAAGUCUCCUGGCCCAAGCCGGGUGAAUCUCUCGAGAACUUUGAUUGGGCUGAAUUUGGUCGCCAAGAGGCGUGUACACGUACUCUGUACCACCUAUACACGUUCGAUAGCACGCUAUGCAUCAUCUACAACUACCCGCCCAAGUUCGCGUUGGCGGAAAUGGGCGCAAGCCUACCCUGCCCAGGGGAGUUCUUCGAGGCCACGUCGAGAGCAGAAUGUCUGCAGAGCGAGGGUUUCGCAGACUAUCAUGAGCAGCCGUUCUGGUCACUCAAGGAAGUCUAUCCUCUGCUGCUAGGCGACGAUGUCCCGGCCGAUGCGAAAUCCCGCCUUGUCCGACUGACGCCCGUCCACCUUUUCAUCCUAGUCCACACUAUCCAUUGUCUCAUCUGGCACUCCAAGCAUACCAGCAUCCGCAGUCCCGCAACGAUCUCGGUCAUAGAGCGCGCCAUCUCACGCUGGAAGAACUUGUGGGAUUGGAGCAAGGGGCGUGUGCCGGCACGAUGGUGGCGCAGCUUGGGAUUCGUGCAGCAUGCCGAUGAGUACCGGUGGUUAGCUCAGAUCAAGUUGCACGAGGGCGUGUCUGAGGAGGAGCUGGUUUUUGAGGACGACCACAAGCGCGGUGUGCGGCAGUUGCUUGGGCAGUUUCGUGCCGUGCAAUCUGCGGAUGAUGUUGACUUUGAUGUAUGA